AUGGCACCCAAGAAAGGAAGCAAGAAAAAGGUGGACGAUAAGCCCAAGGCCAAGAAGGCCGCGGAUCCUUUGUUCCCCUCUCGUGCUCGCACCUUCCAAAUUGGAGGAGAUGUUCGCCCCAAGGGACGUGACUUGUCUCGUUUCGUUCGUUGGCCUGCCUAUGUGCGCCUCCAGCGUCAGAGGGCUGUUCUUUACCAGCGCCUAAAGGUCCCUCCUGCCAUCAACCAGUUUACCAAGACUUUGUCCAAGAACGAGGCCAUGACCGUCUUCACCUUGUUGAACAAGUACCGCCCUGAGACCCCUGCCGCCAAGAAGCAGCGUGUCAAGGCCGCUGCUGCCGCCAAAGCUGCUGGCAAAGAGCCCGACAACAGUGGACGUGCCGUCCACCAAGUCAAGUUUGGAUUGAAGCAUGUCACCACCUUGGUCGAAGAAAAGAAGGCUCAGCUUGUCUUGAUUGCCAACGACGUCAACCCCCUCGAGUUGGUUGUCUGGAUGCCUGCUUUGUGCCGCAAGAUGGAGAUUCCCUUUAUGAUUGUCAAGGACAAGGCUCGUUUGGGUGCUCUCGUCCACCAAAAGGGCGCUGCCGUUGUCUGCUUGACCGGUGUGGACAAGGCGGAUGCCUCCCAGCUCAAGCUUCUCCAAGACUUGGCCAACGACAAGUACAACCACAACGCCGACUUGGUCCGCAAGUGGGGUGGUGGAAUCAUGGGUCUCAAGACCCAAGCCAAGCUCGAGAAGCGUGCCAAGGCCAUGGCCGUCGAAGAAGCCAAGAAGGCUGCCACUCUUGGAAAAGCCUAA